CCAUGGCUGCGCUCCUGUUUCGACUCCUCCGAGCCGCCAGGCGGCGCUGUCACGGCCUCUCAAUGGCCGCCGCCGCAAAGCCUUCUGGGAAGUGUAGUCCGGCAGCGCCCCGCCUUUCCCCGCCAUUAAACGAAUACUACAUUACCCAGAAGGCUUUGUCACCACGAGUGGGCGGGGCCUCGGGGUGUGGGCGCGGCGCGGUGCCGCCAAACCGGGACCGGGACCUGGGCUGGAAUGGGGCCGAGGGUUGGGGGUCACCAAACCGGCACCGAACUGGGCUGGGGGCAACCGAACCGGGACCGGACCUAGUGGGGGGAGCCGAAACUGAGAGGGGCCACCGGACCGGGACCGGACUGGGGGCGGCCGGACCGGGACUGCGGGGGUUGCGCUGGACCGGACCGGGGGGAGCAGGAUCGGCGGUGGCCGGGUCGGGGUUCCCCACGCUCCAGUCCUGCCGGUGUCCGCCGGUGCCCCCCCGUCCCGGGUGUCUGCGGGUAUCCUGCGGGUUUUGGGGAUCCCUGGGGACCGGAGCGACAUAGAGGGACCGGACAGGGAUGGAACGGGACCGGAGAGCCCGGAAGGGCUGUGCGACUACAGAGCGGCAGCGCUCCUCUGUCCCCUUGUCCAUCCCUCUGUCUGUGUUCCCUGUCUGUCCCCCUGUUGUAUUCCCUAUCGGUCCCUUGUCUGUCCUCUCGGCUGUCCCCCUCUCUGUCCCCAAGGCUGUCCCCCUGUCUGUAUUCCCUGUUUGUCCGUCUGUCUGUAUGUCCUCUCUGUCCCCUGUCUGUUCCCCUCUGUCUGUCCACUUUCCAUCCCCUGUGUGUCCCCUGUCUGUCCCCACCUACGUCCCCUGUUUGUCCUCCUUUCCCUCCCCUGUCUGUCCCCCUUUCUGUCCGCUGUCCGUCCCCUAUCUGUCCCCAUGGCUGUCCCCCUGUCUGUAUUGCCUGUCUGUCCUUCUGUUUGUGUUUCCUCUCUGCCCCCCCCCGCGUCUGUUCCCCUUUCCGUCCCCCCGUCCGUCUCCUGUCUGUUCCCUUGUCUGUCCCUUUUCCAUCCCCCGUCUGUCCCCCUGUCUGUCUGUCCCCACCUCCCCGUCCGUGCCCCCCCGUCUGAGCCGUGUCCGGAGCCGCUCCCGGUGUUUGUUUGCUCACGGAAUUGGCAGCGGCUGCGGCCCGGGGGGGUCACCGGGGGGUCCCCGCCUGGGCCCGGCUCUGACGUCCGUCCCUGCCCGCUGCCCGGUGGCCGCUGUGUCCCCAGGGCCGCUGUGUCCCCCCCGCAGCCCGGUGACAGUGACAGUGCGGGGCUUUGGGGGCACACAGGCGCCCCGUGUGCGUCACUGCGUGUUCGGGGGUGUCCGAGGUGGGUUAUAAAGCCGAGCCUGGCACAUCCCGGAGCAUCCAGGGCAUGCAGAACAUGGAGAACGCUCUGCUGUGCCUGCUCUGCCUGCUGGGCUCCGGCCUCGUCCUGCUCGGCACCCCCGAACCGGUACCGGAGCUCCGGCCCGGACUGAGCCCGCCCGGGCACGGCCGGGAGGAGCCGGAGCUGGCGGAGGCGCUCCGGGAGGUUCUGGCCGAGCUGGGGACGCGGGAGCCGCCGGCGCUGGAGAAGAGGCUGAGCUGGGUGCCCUGGUGCGAGCCCUGGCAGUCGUGCGCGGUGCGGCGCGGGGCGCGCAUCGGGAAACGCUGCAGCUGCUCCCCCGGCACCUCCUGCAACCUCUUCACCCUCAAGUGCUCCUGAGCGAGCGGGGACACCGGGGGACAACGGGGGACACCGGGGGACACCAGCUGCCACCCGGGAGGGGCGCAGAGGGGAAGCCGCGGGUCCCAGCCCCGUGCCCGCACCGGGAUGGAUCCGCACG